AGUCAGUCACAAAAGAUUUUCACUAUCGCGUGUUCUUGUUUUUCGAUCAUUUCGCGUUGAUAAUUAUAUUAUAUUAAUAUAAAAUCCAUUAAAAAGUAUAAAGAUACUGAAUUAUUACGUGUGUAGUGUGAUAUAAUAUUGGAUUACAGUGUAUUGAAAAUUUUGUGCAAGAAACUUUGAAUUAUACUGUACACUUGUAGUUUUUCCGGUGAAUUUACGUGUUUUAGUGGCUUCUACAGUAUUGUGCUGGUUGGUAACAGAGCGGAACACAGUUUCAUGAAGUGACGUCGCUGGCACGAUACCACAUAAACUUGGAAACUUUUCAUCUCAGUGAGUAAAAGUGACUAAAUGACAAUGUGUUCGUUACGGUUUUCCGUUAUUUCCGGACUGGCAGCCACGUAAAAGUGACAGAUCAUCAAAAUGACAUCUGUCAAGCGAAAAAAGCGGAUAACGUUAACAAAUCAGAGAAGGACUUGCGUACCAUAGUUAAAGUUUAAUUUUUAAAUCUAAAAAGCCUUUUUGAAGGUGUGUUUUGAUCUCACAGUGCUCAAUAGUAAAGACUGAUUAGCAAAAUGAUCGCUUUGAAGAAACUGUACGGGGAUGAGCUAUUGAGACUAGCUUUGGUCUUGAGCUUGCUCAAAGCCAACCCAAACGACUACUUGGAGAGAGAGACCCAGUUGAUUGAGGCAGGAUUACAUAUAUCCAAUGGCUCGGACUGGUCUUUGGAGCAAGAAGCGCGGACACUGAUCCGACCGCGCUUCAUCCAUCCUAAAUCCUUGGACAAUAUUCUGAUAAAUUAUGAAAGACAGCUCUUUGAAGAACUCAAUUCCCUGGGUCGCUACGCCAACUCGUACAGUGAAAACAAUGACCGGAUAUAUAAUCGGGCGAUUCAUACAUAUUUAGUGAAUAACGUAGCCACCGAUACAGUCGCCCCUGUGCUUGCGAAUGCGUCGGUCCCGGACGAGAGUCCCGACAAUGAUGGAGUCUCCGCUGAUGAUAACGUAGCUCAAGAAAUAAAAGUCUCAGAGGAAGUUAGCAAUGAAAAUGCAGACUCAGAUAUUCAACCGGAGCCUCAGCCGGACGCAGUGGUCACCUUCUCAGCUGAUUUCUUGAACAACCACACAGAAUCUGACAUUUUUGCUGAAAUAGCUACGAGGUCAUUUGAUGUUAACGAGUUUUUAGUGCAACCCAGUGAAAUGCAGAUCAAAAAGGAACCGGAGGAAGCCAAUUCCGACCUGAUUGAGGUCAAAGUGAAGAAAGAAAAUGAAGAUCUAUACAGUGAUAAUGCCAUCGACGAUUUCGUACCAUACUUCAUGGCAAAAGCUGAAAAAUUCGAACUGGAUGAUCCUGAAUCUAUAUACCAUCAAAACAUGGCCGAUUUGCAAGAUUACGGGGAAUUAUUCGAAGACAUGAAAGAUUUUAAAACAGAAAUAGAUAUUAAUACUAAAAAGCAAGAUUUAGAGCAGUUUCUGUUGGAAAAUCAGCCAUUGGAUUCGGAAAUAUUUAAUUUGGCGCCAAUGUUUGAAGAUGAAUUGGUGUUGGAUAUUAAGAAGAGAGAGAGGGCGAGCACAAGUUUCACAUCAGCUAGUUCAAGUGGAGUGAGUGAUAUGGAUUUGUCGCGGUCUGAGCUGCAGGAUGUGAAGUCCGAAUCUGACGAGGGGCAUCACAGUGGCGACGAGCUUACGCAAGAGGACAUGGACCUGAUCGAGGUGCUGUGGAAGCAGGAUGUCGAUAUGGGGUUCUCCCUCGAGGACCCUAUGCAUUUGGAGGGUCCUCAGGCGAGGAAGGUGGACGAUGUGGACCAAGAGCUGAAGUUGGCUGAGGAGAAGAUACAGAAGCAGCAAGAGGAAGUCGCUAACAUCGAGAAGGUCAAGGCCACGUUGCUGGGACCUGAUGUCAAGGAGGACGACCCGUGGGCCGGACUGUCAUACACGGUCGAUACUGAGACUGGUGAAUACGUGAUCCAAGGCGAGCUUCCCGGAGACCUUGUGAACAGCGAGGAGUCCAGGUUCGACCUUCUCGAGGAGGCCUUGCAGCUGGUGGAACUCGGCGACGAGGCGGAGACAAAGGAUGAACAACCAGAACAGGCGGUAGAGGGUAGCAGCAGCGGCGGAGACAUGCUGCACCCUGCGAUGCGGCACGUGCCGCACCACCCCCUCGCGCACUACCACCACAACCAGUCUCUAAUGCGCUCUAUGUCGGUAGAGCAGCGGUGGCAGGACCUCGCCUCGCUGCUGACCAUCCCGCCCCCGCCGGAGCAGUAUCACUACCACCAGCCGCAGCACCCACAUCAUAAUAUCAGCGGCCACGCAGCGGCGGGAGGUUAUGCUCCGAACUACCACCACACGCCGCUGUCGACGGUGCCUGACAAACACCCCGACGCUUAUGCAGGCGCGGCGGCUCCGCUAGAGGGCGCCUACAAGGUGGAAGCCGCACAUCACCCGCAGCAACAUGAACCCAUAUAUUACCAGAACACGACGAGCGAGAUGGCGCCACCGUCGAACCAGGAUGGGUUCCUGCAGUCCAUCCUCAACGAUGAGGAUCUGCAACUCAUGGACAUGGCAAUGAACGAAGGCAUGUACACCAUGCGGAUGCUGGACGGGGCCAGCGCGCACCACGCGCCUCAUCCCAACCACACCCACAUGAUGAUGACGGCUGAACGCGAUUCUGCUUCGGACAGCGCGGUGUCCUCAAUGGGCUCAGAAAGAGUGCCGUCUCUCUCUGACGGCGAGUGGUGCGAGGGAAGCGAUUCUGCGCAGGAGUUCCACAGUUCAAAGUUCCGUCCAUACGAGGCAGCGUAUGGACGCGAGCGCUCCACACCCCACCAGCCGCAGAAGAAGCAUCAUAUGUUUGGAAAACGAUGCUUCCAGCAGGAGCAGCCUCCCCCCUCCCUAGAGCCCCUCGCGCGCCCCACUCCCGCCCCCGGAGUGGUCAAGUACGAACCGUGUCCCGAGCAGGCGUACCACGAUAACAUGCAUAUGCAUAAUGAAUUCGCAAGCCGUCAUCAACUCGGCCCCCACCCGUCUUUACAACCCGCUUUGGAGCUCAACUCCGCUCACUGCAGCUCGCUUUUACAGACGGGCGUGCCGAGCCCUGCGCCGGCGCCGGCGCGGUUCCCGUACGGCGCGGAGCGCGUGCGCCACAACCACACCUACAGCGCGCCGCUCGCCGCCGACCAGCGCCCCGCCGCCGUCCGCGACAAGAGAGUGCGGCGAUUGACAGAUGGCAGCAUCUCCGACGGGGGCUCGUCUGCGACCAGCAGCGGGCAACACUUGUCUAGAGACGAGAAGAGGGCGAAGGCACUGGGUAUACCAAUGGAGGUCCACGAUAUAAUUAACUUGCCAAUGGACGAAUUCAACGAGCGACUCUCCAAACAUGACCUCAGCGAAGCACAGCUGUCCCUCAUAAGGGACAUCCGGAGGAGAGGCAAGAAUAAGGUGGCGGCGCAGAACUGCCGCAAGCGCAAGCUGGACCAGAUCACGUCUCUGGCGGACGAGGUGCGCUCGAUGCGCGACCGCAAGCAGCGCACGCAGCGCGACCACCACAGCCUGCAGCACGAGCGGCAGCGGCUCAAGGAGCGCUUCGCCAAGCUGUACCGGCACGUGUUCCAGAAUCUGCGUGACCCGGAAGGUCGCCCGCUGUCCUCCUCGCAAUAUUCUCUGCAGCAGGCCGCGGACGGCAACGUUGUCCUUGUACCCAAAAUGCAGCACGAUCACUCAAUGAACCGCUCGUCAGACGACGAGAUGGACAGAAAAACGAAGAACUACGAGCAGUGACCCCCGCCUUACUUCCCGAGGUGGUAGCACACAGACAGACACGCAAUAAAUGUAGAUAUAUAGCACUUUAGGUAACGCGAGAAAUCUUUGUGACAAAAAAUAUUUUUAAGAAAAACUAUAGUCGAUUCCACAUGCAGUGUGAUUUUCGUACAACGACCUUUGUAUUCGAAUGUAUUGCUAUCCUGCUCGGACAUAGCGUUGAUCGCUUUUGUUCAUGCAAUGUUAAAGAGUUGUUGUUUUUAAGCAAAUAAAUAAGCGCUAAAGCUGAACGUCCACCGCCAGCUAAAGUAAUUAAGAACUAAGCUAAGCUAAAUUUGAAAGUAAUACGUCCACCCAAAAAGCUAAAACUAUGUAAGCGAUGGUCGGUUUGUACUAGAACGUUACGUCAGAGUGGUGAGGCAAGGGAGUGAGGUGCGCUUAGUUUAUCUCAAGUAGUAACAUAACUGCGGCCGCGCUGAACGCACAUGUAUAAAAAAGGCUCAACUAUGCGAGCUGAGCUUAGUUGGCGGUGGACGAUUGGCUUCAAUAUUGCUUUAAGAAAUAUAAUUAUGUAGACUUAGGUUAUGAAUAUCUUGCGUUAUCUAUAAAAUAAUGUCUAACUACCGUUAACCCUCGAAAGUUAUGAGUGAUUCAGAGGUUGUAUGCAAUUUAACGUAAUUAAACUAUACUUAACAAAAAUUAAAGCUAUAGAAUUAAUUAAUUCUGUAACUUUACUUCUUGUUCUGGAUUUGUAACAUUAAUCGUAUUUGUCUAUGGUCGGCUUGGCUUGUCACGUUGACAGCUGUCACUUUGACGUGUGUCUUGAAUUUGGUUAUUUUUAAAAGGUUUCGCGAUGAGGGAAAUAUGGAAUUUCUUGCCGCUUACAUUAUUUAAAUCUAUAAUAAAAUUCCCAUCACUUUGGAUCUUUUUUAAGUUAUUGCAUGUAUGUAAUUUAUUUACACAUUCUUGAUGUAAGAUCAUACAAUAAAAAACAUGUAUAAUCAAAAUAAAACAAGCAAUUUUUUUAUUUUUGUUUUUGAAAUAAAUGAAAUGAUUCCUAUUUCUGUUCUGCGACAACCUAACGGGGCAACGAUGGCCUGUUUGCCUCUAUAAUUUAAAUGGUUUCACAAAAUCAUCUCGAAAUUUAAAAAAAAAUGUGAUAGUAUAAAAUAUUCCAUUUUUUGUUAGUAUUUUAUAGGUUUUUCUUGUUUUGAUGCGAUUACAUUAUUCACAUGAUAAAAAGCAUUGAUGUAUUUAAAGUUAUUCGUUCAUCGAUUAAGAAAUUGAACACACGUUGAUCACACAUGCAUAAUAUUAUCUAUACAUCGAUGCUUUAGUUUGCGUAUGCCAGAAAUGACUGAUUUUAAAAUAAAAUAAAAAAUACCAUAAAUAUAGAAUUUUUGGUGUCCAUGACGCCGCCUCGUUGCAAUAAGUAAUUAUAAACUAUAUUUAACACAUUUUUGUAAAAUAUUCUUUUUUUUCUGUUUUAUUUAUGUAUGUAUUAGAUUAGGUUAGUUUGUUAUAGAAUUUUGAAUUCUGUUUUUCAUUGCUACUAAGCAGUUAUCAAUUUUCGAUGCAAGUACAAAAACUCACCUCACAUAUUAAACAUAGAUACAUACAGUAGUCUUUACCCGUUACGGGGUAGACAGAGCCAAGGGUUAUGAAACUCGGUGGCCACAAUCAGCUGUAUGUAUGUUUAUAUUAAAAAAAAACUACUGAAAAUAUUGUGUUGUCACUGAGUAUCUUGAAUCGAUAUGUUUUUUAUCGAUAAAGAUAUCUCGUCACUAUCGAACACGAAACUCGGUGAUAACGCUAAAUUUGCCAAUCUGUUGUAACAAUGUAUAAUAUCACUUGUAGUUAUAUAUUUUAAAAGAUCGUCAGUAUAUUUUUUCAUAGCGAUCUUUAUAAAAUGCUACUAUAAAAGUUUGUACGUAAGUUUUAAAAGGCAACUCAUUUUUAAUAUGUAAAAUAUAUUGUCUAUGGUCAGUUUGUUUUUUCUUUUUUUUCUCAACACCCAAAAGCUAAGUCAGUGUUGUCUUUUUAAGAAAAAUCGCUUAGGUCGAGCGAUUGUUUUUGGUGCAUAUUUUUUUUUAUAACGCGUAGUAUAUUGCUUAAUAUUAAAAUGAAGUGUUUAUAUAUUUUUUUAUUUAAGGAUUUUAGAUCACGGGUAGGAAAAGCAUUUCACUCGAGUUUUUAUUUUAUUGAAAAGUAGGUGAUAAGGCUGUGGGUUCGUCAGCUAGUUUUUAGGGUUCACAUAUUGAGUAAUUAUUCGUAUUUUCUUAUACAAGUUCUAUGGAGCUAGAGGUACAGCCUGUGAAGAAAAUAAUUGCGGGCGCUGUCUCCUGUCGGCUAGCAACACUCGGUGUUUAUCAACCAAUAUUGACCAUUCUGGUAUUGCAAUGGCUAUUAGCUCGUUAAUAAUCCGUUUCUUAACUGUCCGUUUCUUAAGAGAUUGAUACUGAAGUAGGCACCACUAAUAUGUUUUUUUUAUGCAAGGCACAUAUAUAUCAAAUUGUGUGAAAAUUGAAGCCACUUUUUUACCUUUUGAAAUAUUUUUUUUUUCAAAACAUUGUUUUAUUAAAGAAAAUUGCUAAUCUAAUCCAACCCUACAUGGAACCGUAUACGACGGUAAUAGGGACUAAUUUGCAAUGUUUUUGUAACUACGUUGAUGUGCUUUUUUUUGUAUUGUGUUGUCACAUAUUUUUUACUCAAUAUAUGACCCUAUAAUUGUGUUAUCUGUGGCAUUGUAUUCGCAUCUCUUUCUACUGCAUAUGUGUAAUGUGUCUACUAAAUUUUUUACCGACUUAAAAAAAGGAGGAGGAUGUUUGAGUGUAUUCUAUUUUUAUAUGUUCAUCGAUUUCUCAGUCGAUUGUGGACCGAUUUUAUUUCCUUUUUUAUUAUACUAUGUUUGAUCACUAAAGUAUUUUUCAAUAUAAGUGAUUUUUUGCAAUCAUAAUAGGAUUUAAAUAAAUUUCUCUCAGAUCAGUUGAAUUGUUAUUGUUUAAUCCUAUUUAUUAAAGUUAAUAUGCUAAUUCGUAUUUCUAUUCAGAUAAUAUAUUAUCUGCUGGCCAGAAAAUACGAAUUAGCACGAAUUAACAGUUAUAAAUCAAGCAGAGCAUUCUAAAAAAGUAAUAUUUGAAAUUUAUGCUCGUUCCAAAACAAACAGUAAUAUAAUUUUAUACGAAAAAUAUAUCUCCUUACUCAAGAUUCCUUACUAUAUAACCUUUCCUAUACUAUAACCUAUUCAUAAAAAGAUAAAGCAUACUUCAAGCUAAAAUGUUUUCUCACUGUCGCACUUUACAAUAUUUGACAUCGACAGAACGAGACAAAACAUACCUAAUUACUAACUUUUUUUCUCGCGAAUUUAGCAGAAAUGUCUAUAGAAAUUUGUAGUUCUUAGUUUCCUAUUUGUAAGCUUUAUAUUUACACUGUUAUGUUGUGUAAUGUAAUAAAUAAAUAAUUUGGCAUUUAAUAUGCUUUAACUUUUUAUGAGUGUUCACGACGAUCGAUUUAUAUAACUUUUUUAAAUAAUAUAAUGCCACAGAACCAUGUUAGUAUUAUUUAUAGCAAAAUUUAUGAAACUGUGUUGAAUUCAUUACUGAAGGAGCAUACAGCUGUAUAUUAUUAACUUUUAUAUUAUAAGUUUUUUUUUUACUUGUAACAGAAGUUAUUUUUAAAUUAGGUUCUAUAACAUAGUGUUAAGUCUAAAUAUAAAAUGUGAAUUUUAAA